GCCAGUUUCAACGAAAAUUCUGUCUUUCGCCUGGCAACUAUAAUCGGUGACGUCACUCGUCACGAGACCUAAUGUUCAGUCUCUAUCUUCGCUUCGUUGGAGCCGCUUGUCCCGGCAUGGCACUGCAGUCCCAGCCCGAUGUUCAGGACGUUCGCGGCUUUCCUGAUUAUCCAGGGUGGUGAUGCAGAUUAUAAAGGACAGACUGCAGGCACGGGUGGACGUCGAGGAGGUGCUGGGCGAACUACAAUAUGGGUUCCAGAAACAAAGGAGGUGUGCAUGACGUUGGGUCCUCGAGCUUCGUUUCCAUGCCAUUCCCGGCUCUUCGAGCCCAUUCAGUCAAGGACAGGAUAGGAGCCUGUGUUGUACCCCGCAUCCGCUUCAUUUUACCGAGUGCCAUGGACUUCGACGUCAUGGAAACCUGCACGGACGGCGACAGGCACGCGGGCGUGGCAAGCUUUUUCUACAGAGGACGGUUCGCUGUUACGGGAAAACGUGCAGGCAGGAACUCGAGCCGUAUUCCGUGUCAGCGCCACCAGAUUUCCUUCUCGCGAGCUCAACCAGGAGGAGUGCGUGGAGCUGCGUUCUCGAGCCGUCGUCCGUGUGAGUCUCGUUGCCACCAGACGUCCUCCAAGCCAGCAGGAGGAGUGCGUGGAGCUGCGUUCUCGAGCCGUCGUCCGUGUGAGUCCCGGUGCCACCAGACGUCCUCCAAGCCAGCAGGCCUUCUAAGCCUCGCCCUUUGCCGCCAUCGGAGAAGAUAUCCUACUAUACAAGCCGACACGCCCGCAAAUAAUUACACCAUUGCAGAAUCGUCUGAAAGUUUGAACCAUCCGCCACACUUAACCUUCCUGCAGUAAAUUUUUUCCCGCGCUCUUUCAUCCCGCAAGGCGCCCGUGAAUCGCGACCAACAAGACUACACACACCUGGAUGGGCUGAGUAGGAGCACGUCUGGUGGCGCCGAGACUGACACGGGAGACCGACUCGAGGUUCCAACUCCUCGUACACCUGCAAGUUGAGGCCAAGAUGCAUGCGUAUCCCAACGUACGAAGGGCCAGAAAUGAACAGAAUUGGUUAUACAUUCUUACAUUGCUGAAAUUGUAAUCGAAUAAAACGCCACGGUAUUUGGCACUCACGUCAGUGGCUCGUGCACAUCCUGACAAUGCUGUCACUCGCUGUCUUAACUAUGGUUGCAAAGAUUAUAUCAGAUUGUUUCUUCAUACUUCACACAAAUUAUGACUAAGGAAGAAUGGAGUAGGUACAUAACUGAGCUGUCACGUAAAGCAGCUCUAUUUCACGCGACAGCUCGCAAUGUUUCAGGGAAAUUUUUGCACUAACACGAAGCAGGAGAAGAAAAUUAUGUCCGUGCUGAAGCCACAUUACUACUACGCUCAUAAUACAUCACUGCCUGUAUCUAUCUGCUGUAUGGUAUGGUACUUCAUACUGCUAGCCUGAUGCAGUGGGAAUAUAGAAAGGUCACACUUUUUGUAUAUAUCCAGAUCGGUUACCGAACGUAAGCGAUCUGGUUCCAUGGAGUCGGUGCGCUACAUGCUCUACGGAGAGUUAGCACUGGGUAUGCGAAUUGCUGUUAUGGGAAGUCCGUCACUGUAGCACCAGCAGCCCAUACUAACCAAUAUAGUGCGUGUACUGUUAAUCCGGCAGCCUUCACGAAUUUCCUGAAUAAAGGAUCGCACCCGUGGCAAUAUUUCUACUUACUACUGCAACAUCCUGCAAUGUCAAUGUAUGCAAACUUAGC